GAGAUCCGCUGGCUGUGGCAGUACUGGCAGCUUACCGGCAGGGAUGCUAUCUACCGUACUUGGAGUACUCUGGGUGCCUCUUGCUGCAUGGUGACUCCGGUUGCUUCUAUUUCUUCAAGCGCUUCAAGCAUUCUAUGUGCUGGCAGCUAAUCACCUGGAGCUCAGAAGCACUGAAGCCUUGAAGCUGUGAACUCAGAGGAGGCAAGGCGGCAGCUCCAUUUGCGGAGCUUUAUGUAGGAACUUCAGACUCCAACGUGUCCGGAUCCUCCCCAAGUAUGCCUACAUUGACGACCAGUGUUGGCCUCGAUCUGCUGGCGAUUUGAACUCACCACCACCUCCGUCGAAGUCGUCAGCCUUUGAGAAAGGGCUCUUGGUUGUACUGCUCACCUUUUGAACUAAGGGACCCUGUCUACUAGCAUCUCUCCAACCUCAGCGCUGCAGCACAUCAGCGUGGCGAUUCAUCUCCCCAAAACCCAGUAGUCGCCAUCACGAACUUGUGUCCCCCCAAAAGAAGAUGGACGUCAUUCUCCAAAUGCACAACCAGAGCUACGCCCACCGCGUGUGCCUACUGGCCCAGAACCCGCGAGUCUCCAUUCUUCCGGGGGGCAAGUUUGGCGAAUCAGCCGAGGAGCUUGGUCCAAAGAAGAGUAUGCAUCACGGGCCCAACCUAGUUCUCCUGCGGAACUGCACCGCCAGCAAAGCUGAGAUCAUUGCCCACAUUCACACCACCUUUCUGAGGAGAUAUGUUGCGCGCAUCUACUGGUGCCAUCACACAGCGAUGACCAAAGAGGCUGCCGCAGCUCAGGUUGCGGAGGACUUGUGUCAAUUGAUGAAAGCCCCCACGGCAGGCACCCACAGCACUGGCCUAACCUUGAGAGCAAACGGGGAAAGCCAGGGGAAGCAAUUUGGUGACUCCGACUGUGAAACGGCUAGCCGAGGAGUGAACGGUCCUGUCAGCGAGAGUAAGUCAAGCGUUGGAAAAAUUGAGGGGACGGUUGCGAAGCUCGCGAACAGUUUUGGCAAGGAUGCUUGUUCAUUGAGCAAUACUGAGACUGAAAGCGAGUCACGGGGAAAUUCACUGCCAGCGCUUGAUGGAACAUCGCAAAAUGGGGAAUCGAACGUGGAUACCGAACAGUUGCGGUCCGACCGGCAUGAGAACGGAAUGGCCACAUCAGAAAGGGACGUGAAGUUGGAAGGAAACGAACCCGAAAGUGAAAGCAGAGGUGAGAAGGUAGACGGGAUGGGCGAGGAAAGCAGAAGCCAGUACAGGAAUCAAAACGGAAACGGAGAGGCAGUAUCCGACCUGGAAACAGGCCACGUGGAAGGGGGGCCGCCGAAGGUGCGGCUGCGGACCCAGGCGUGUCCGAAGGCGCUAGAGACGUUCUUCACGGACAGCAUUCCGGACGUCGAAGUGGGCAUGGCUCGAUUCACGCACGUCCUGGGCGUCGCCGAAGUCCACGCCCCCUCUUUCGGCAACAGCGCGACCAAGCGCUGGAUGUACUACUACGGAAUCAGCCCCGCGGAAGACGUCUACUUCCAGCGUGAUCUCCGAGGGGGGGAGGGUUCCGAGGGCCGCGGGACGGGGGAUUUGCAGUGCUUGCACGAGGGGAGCGUCUCGAAGGCCGUGUGUAAGAUGGAGGAGAUUCUGGAGGCGGUUGGCUGGCCGCUCGGCAGAGACACCACGGUGAUCGACCUGGGAGCUGCCCCAGGCGCCUGGACGGCCUACCUGGCGGGACACGUGGCACGUGUUGCGGCCGUCGAUCCGGCCGAGAUGGGGGCGGACGCGAUGCUUGAGAACGUGACGCACAUUCGGAAGGCGGCUCUGGACGCGAAAGAUGAUCUGGCCACGUGGCAGCGCGAUCAGCUGAGCGAUCUCUUAGUGUGCGACAUCAACAAACACCCCAAGGAGGUCCUCAAGUGGUCGGAACCGCUGUUUCCAUUCCUGCGGCCGGGGGGGCUCUUCAUCAUGACCCUUAAAUUCUUUGGAAAGGCGCGCGAUAAGACCGAGGCGCUCAAGUUGCUAAGCCCGAGUCUGGAUAAGCAUUUUGUAGACAUGGACUGCAUAUGGCUGCUCGCAAACACGGUGCACGAACGGACGCUUGUAGCCCGGAAACGUUGAUGUGGCAAACUGGAGCGGUCGUAAACCGAAGCGGUCAGGCGCCAUCAAGGCAACUGCAGAAAUCAUGCUACAUGUCAUUUAGAAUCAAUAGGCGAUGUGCACGAGUGCAGGGCAAACUUACGAGGUCCAUGCAAAUUCCAUUGCGGAGGAGGUUUACUUUAAUUAUCGGGUCGCAAAUCUACACGAUAGGUAUGUGCAUUGCAGACCGCUCUACGUAUGUGCCGACCGACGAGAGAACAAUUGACGCUGC